AGGUUCAGGAUCAACUCACCAUAAUGAAGAGACAAGUGGAAGAGAGAGUGAAUUUAAAUGCUAUCUGCAGUGCUGGAAGAAACAAAGGAAGAACAGAGGCACGAAAGGUGCUCUUGGACUCAGAGAAUGAAAACAAAACUCAGGAUUCAGAGCAUCCGAAAGCUGAACGCGUGUAUACAUUGUCAAAAUGUGAGAUCUGGUCUGCCGCGGAAUGGGAAAAGUCUAAAAGCCAAGAGGAACAGCAGCCAAAAGAAGGCUGGGGGGAGGUGAAUAGUUACAUGACUAGGGAGCUUAUGAUCACAUUCUUUUGGAUAUACCUGUCACUCGAGAACAGACAAAUCAUUGGGCUGUGGCUGAAACUGCCCGUAGUGAACUUGCAGCACUUCUGGUAAAGUAUGAAUGUGCCCAGUCAGAGCUUCUAGAUCUCAGAUCCAAAAUGGUCUCUAAAGAAGUCUCAUUGCAAGAGCUGAAGGCUGAAGUGGAAAGCUACAAGGAAAACAAUGCUAGACAAUCCUCUCUACUCCUCUCUUUGCAAAAUCGAGUUCAGGAGAUGGAGGAGGAAUCAGGUGUGCUUGUCACUUCCAAAAAACAGACAGACCUAACAGCACAGGUUUUGCUCCAGGAGAAUUGGGAGCUGAAGGAGAAGAUCCAUGACCAAGAAGCCAAACUGAACAAAUAUUUGAAUGAAUGUGAAGAAAGCAAGAAUCAAGCUUCUAAGAUCAGCUGGAAGCAUGGUGAAUUCUUAGCACAGCUUUCUGGAUUCCUGGAUGUCAACAUCAGAGGAAAAGAGGAACCACACAAACAUUUAAUUUCAAAGGUCAAUCAGAUGCAUAAAGAAAAUACAAUGCUAAAAGGGCAGAUUCCCACUCUUGCAGAGGCUAUCAAUGUUCAUGAGAUAGAGUCAAAAGCUAGCAGAGAAACCAUCAUGAGGCUUGUUUCAGAAGUCAGCAAAGAGCAGAAAAGGGCCAUAGUCUACUCCCAAGACAUGGACAAGCUUAGCAAGGAUCUGGACAGUGCUUUAACAGCCAAACAGAGUCUAGAGAAGGAGAUCAGAAGCCUCCAAGAUAGGCUUGCUGCUAGCCAGAGGGCUUGGGAAGCCUCAAAGCAGGAACUGCACCACCUGAAGAGAUGUUCCAAUGAGAUGGAUGGGAGUCUGAAAAGCAGCAUUGAGGAGGCCAGGACUGCUCAGAGCCUGCUGAGUGCUUUUAAAGAGCAAGUUGCUACCCUUCUCAGCAACAGUUCUGUAACAGUUAAAUCCUCUGAGGAGGCCAUCAUGGAGAGAAUUCGAGAACUGGGCCACAGGGAAGAGAGCAAAAAGAUAAUGGUGUCCCAGCUUGAAGCCCAAAUCGCUAAACUGACUGAGCAGCUGGAGAAUCAGACGAGAUUGCAUCAGGAGGCUCUGCAAAAGGCCAGGAAAGCAGAAAAACAAUUUGAGACACUCCAGGAGCAAUUGAUGCGUCUGGAUGGGGAGUUGGUGUCUGGAGACGUGAUGCGAGAUGAUUUGAAGCUUGAGAAACAAAAAUAUCUUAAAUUUCUGGAACAACUUUCAGAUAAAAUGAAGCUGGACAGCAUUGCAGCUGAAAUUGGGCUCGAUAUGAGUCUGGAUGUGAUUCUGGCCCGUGCAGAGCAGUUGGUCAAACUGGAAAGUGAUGCAGUGAUUGAAAACAAGACUAAUGCGAACAACCUACAAAGGAAGUUGAAAGCUCAGAAAGAAAAGCUUGAGAGCAAAGAGCUGCAUAUGAACCUUCUGCGGCAGAAAAUAUCCCAGCUGGAAGAGGAGAAGCAAGUGCGCACAGCCCUGGCUGUGGAGAGAGAUGAGGCAAACCUAACCAUCAGAAAGUUACAUAAGAAGGUGGAGAGGUUACAGAAGGAGCUGGGCCUGGCAAGAGACUCUAACACUGACCUCAAAGCCAAACUGUCUGACACCAAUGAACUGAAAGUCAAAACUCUGGAGCAGACUAGAACCAUUGAGGAACUAAACAAGUCUCAAGGCAAGCUGGAAAAGAUGAAGGAGAAGGCUGAGAAGCAGCUGAUCUGUGUCAAAUCUGAAUUACAGUUUACGGAGCAUGAAGCUAAGGAGGAUAAAGAAAGGGCCAGGAGUAUGCUAGAAGCAGUUACCAGUGAACUGAAGGCGCUUAAAACAAUCCUGGCAGAGGUAUCAAAAAGAGAGAGGCAGCUGGCAGAGUUCCGUGAGGUGGUCUCGCAUAUGUUGGGCCUUAGUGUUACCAGUCUUGCACUCCCUGACUAUGAAAUCAUCACACGUCUCGAGGGGUUGAUCCAUUCUCAUCAGCACCAUUUUGUUCCCUGUGUCUGCCUCAAAGACGUGGUAGUGAGGCAAGAUGGACACUCGCAAAGUCACUUACAGCUUCUUCACUGAACAGUGUCUCUUUGAGAGACAGGCGGACAGAACUCAGCUGGCUCUUAGUGUUGAAAAUGAACAGCAGCAUGAGUCCUGAUUGUGAUUGUGGGUGAUUUGAGCAAAUAUUCCUAUAACCAUCUCUCUCAAAAUGUAUAUAUGGAGUGAAAUCAUGGCCCCACUGAAGUCAAGAGGAGGUUAGCAAUUGCCUUCAGCGGAGCUAGGAUUUCACCCACUGUACCAGCAGCGAAACAAAAUACAGAAAAGGAUCCAACCUAAAUUUAAAUUUCUUGCACUCUAGACACUGAAGUAUUUUUAAUAAGCAAUAUUUUUAAUACAGCUAACAGAUGUCUGUUUCCCUGUCCAGGAACAAACAUAUGUAAUUCCUCCUACUGUUAAUGGCAGUUAUCUGUACAAAUUCACAAAUCUUGAUAAGAGACAAGCCGUAUCACCCCCAAUAUAAAGCUUGUACGUAAUCAAGGUCUAUGUGCUUGAUAGACAGUAUGUGGGGUAUAGACCCACCUCUGCUGCAUGGCUCAUAGGACAGCCAGAUUGUGAAAGUUCUGUUGGGUAGUUGGGCAGAUAAAAGAGGCAGCUAUUCAGUUACCUCCCCCAACCAACACAUGCUUCGCUCUCAUCAUUGCUAGUCCCUCUGCACCCACUGUAGUUGAGCUUUAGAAGCUUGAUUGGGUGGUGGAAAGGCAGAGGAUAUGAAGUAAGGAAGCAGCAUGCUCUCAGCUCAGAGCAGUGUAAGUUGUGAUGCAACACACAUUGUAAUUGCAACAAGUUCCCUUUUGCAUAAUUAACAUACCAUAGAGGGGUUAGGAGCAUGGGGCAUCUCAACAGACAUUACUCCAGUCAUUGAAAUUAUUAAUCUAUAUUUUAAGGAAAAUGAAUUAUAAUCUUUACAAUCUUUUUUUAGAAAAACAAUUUUAGUACAGGAUUAGGAGGGAUUACAUAAGUAAUGCACAACUGGCUACAUGCAGUGUAGUUUUUUUAUAUUUUGCUUUUCUCUGAAACAUCAGUUAUUGGCUAUUUUUGAAUGAGGAAUACCAAACUUUGCAGACCAGUGGUAUGAUCAGGUAUGGUAAAUCGUAUGUUCCUAUGAUUAUUUAGAUUAACACUAAUUUCCUUUCUUAUUUUCUAUUGUGAAAUGGUUUGUUCACAUACAAGUUAACAAAUAUUCACAAAUAAAAAGGAAAAACCCUAAUAUUCACAAAUAUAAAAUAAAACUUGAGAUAUAGGCACUUCUUUCAUUGAAAAUAGCAGAUUACAGAUUAACAUUUUAUCGGUCAAACUGAACUGCUCGGGGGUGUGUAGGUAGGAAGAGGAUGUACAGAUAUACUAAUCCUCAGAUAAGGUUGAUAGUAGUUUUAGCCUGUGCUUUUGUUUGUUCCAUAAUUACAUAGGUGGACAGAGUCUUUGCCAGCUAGUGUAAAGCCCUGUCAGCUGUUGUUUCUUACAUACACACUUUUAAAAUACUGAAACAUGCUUUAUAAACCAUAAAUUGAACAAAGUAAAAUAAGAAAUUAGUGUCUGAACAUACUAGGUGUUGAAUGUACUCCCAGUAGGAGUUGAGUGCACUUGACAACUUUCAGAACUAGUCCCUCAAAACACCGCUAAGAGAUAUGUAUUUUUAGUUCUCUUUUACAGAUGGGGAAACUGAGGCACAAUAAUUAGAUGACUUGCUAAAGGCCACAAAAGGAUUCAGUGUCUGUCAAGAUUAGAGCAUGGAAGUUCCUGGGAGCUCAAACCAAGAGACCAAGGAUGAAAUUCUGGCCCCUUUGAAGUCAGAAGCAAAACCCCGAUGACGUUAGUGGAGGCAGGAUUUCACCUCAAUCCAAAGAAAGGUUUAGUCUAGUCUCUUGUGUUUUGAGCCCAAGAUUAGCAGAAUCAGGAACUUCUGAGUUCUAAUUUUGUCUCUGACUUUGUUGCCUCAAUAAGACAUAUCAUGUACAAUUUUUAAACAGUACAUCAAUGAAUACAUCCCUUAUUCUAAAUAUUUGUUUUUCUUCUGGAAGAGUUACUGGCAUCUUUGCUCAUUUAGCUAAAGCAAAUAAAAAAGUAAAUAAAGCAGUAGUUUGACAUGAACAAAGUUCAGAGUGAUUUUUUAACCAUGCAGUUUAAUUAACCCCAAGCUGACUUGCAAUCUUCUACUGGGCUUUGUUUCAUGUAAUGUUGAGAACUUCAGACUCAUUAUUUUUCACAAGGAAAAUUGAUUUAGGUAACAUUCUCUUUGAAUCUUUCAUUUUCAAACCAGGAUGUAGCAACCUAAAUCCAAAUUAAUUAAAACCUUCCCCAAAAUAUGUUUUAAGAUUGAAAAGGCUUGGAAUACCAUGCGCUAACCAUUAUUCAUAUGAGUAGAGUAUUGUUUUCGCUGGGCUUGCUUCUGUGAGUAAGAAUGAAAAGAGUAAGCGUUUGCAGAAUCUUUCUUUAUAAGGAUUACCCUUUCACUACAGUAGAGGAUUGUACUGGGUACAAAAUAUAUAUAAAAAUUGAAAUGCAUUUGCUCAUACGCAUAAAACUAUAGAAUGUUUGUUUUCAAUUAAAGGCCAAAAUUUUGCUCUCAGUUACAGUGGUAAAUCAGGAGUAAUUCCACUGAAGGCAGUGGUGUAACUCCAGAUUUGCAAGGGUAAACAGAGCAGAAUUUGGCUCCCCUUGUUUACAAUUUUCGAGGUAACCACUGAAAUUAAAUAAAUAAGUUGCCCGUAACUUGUUGAAUUUUAAUCUCUCUCCGCCUAUCUUUCUUUGAACAAAUUGUCUCUUACAGUAUUUGUACUGGAUAAAAUACAAUAUUGUAUCAUGUGUGCCACAAAAAUUCUGAUAAAGCAUUGUUUUAAAAAAAGGAUGUGAUUUUGAGUUAAUUUUUGUACUUCAUAACAAACUUGUCACUACUAUGUUUUGAAAACAGAGAAAUUAUGCAAUAAGGCCUUGAUUCAGCUAAGCACUUAAGCAAGCUGAAAUGCUUUACUGAGUUUGAGCCUAGAAGACGAGAUCCCCAUGAAUAAGUGCUCUACCUGGUUUUUUUUUUUUAACUUUGAGAACACGAGCCAUUGACAUUUCUUCAAACCCAGGGGGACCAAUGGUACCCAUGUGAACUGGUCAGUUAUUUUAUAAUUAUGAAGAAAAAACAAAUGAGGGGACCCAAAGCUUAUAAAAUGUUGACAAUGAAAAUCUUGAGUAUACUUCCAGAAAGAUAGAGAAUUUCUGGAGCAAAGCUACUGUAAAUGCCUUUUUCACCAAAACUCUUUUGAUAGUAAAAUGUUUUCUGUGCUAGAAAUGGUAGAAUAGACUAUCAAAGGAAGAGAAAGAGACUCCUUGAAGAGGAGAAACUAUCAUGAAGUUAGAGAAAAAGAUUAUGUACUGGUAGGACUGGAACACAAACAACCAAAUGAAAGAACAGGUUUAGAAGCUGGAUAACUGGCUUGGGAGGAGAGGGAGGUAUGACCCUGAACCGCAUAUUCUUCACAGUAAUAUUAUUAUGAUAUGAUUAUGACAGAAUUAUAAAGUAUUUUAUGCCAGGUACAUCAUGUGAGGUGUCAUUGGAAAAGUUAUGAUUUGCUGAAUAUGAUUAUCCUAUUUGUAUGCAUGUAUCAUUUUUGUAUCGGAAGUUAUGAAUAUUGACUAUAUCUGUAUUUCAAAUGUAGUUACAAACCUGGGAAACACCCGCUAGACAAGAUGCUUUCAGUCUAAAUAGUGGGUGGGAAAGGGUCUAUUGAGGGCAAUGGGCCAUUAGGAAAAAACAAUAGGCCUUCUGAGAAGCUUACGUCCCACCUGGGGAGCCUUCUUGAGAACGCUACAGACAGUUGCCACGUAAUGGCUGCUAUGAAUCUACAAGGACAUGUGAUCAGACCACAUGAUGCUGGACUCUAUUUUGAGAUGUCAGUAUUUUUCCACAGACUGGUCUGGGAACCAAGCUUUGAAAGAAAGUGUUCCUGCCAUAUGCAAAAGCUAUAUAAGGCAAGGAGUGACAUCUGGUGUUCUUCACGUGCCACCCAAGAAGACUCCUGGAAACACCUGAGGAACAAAGACUGAACUGGGGGAUGUGUUGGACCCAGGCUAAAGGGAUUUUUGGCCUAUGAAUGCACACCUGUGGAUUCCAAGCUAUAAGUAAGUGCAGCUUGCCCCUUAAGAAUCUGUAGCCUGCUUGUAUCAUUUCUUAGGGUUAGAAUCGACUAAUUCAUAUCCAAUCUUUUU